CCCUCUUACGUAGACAAAGUGGUACCGUCCAAAAGGGCGCGAUUCUCUAAACUGCUCUUGUGUGUCAAAAAACGACUGGUCAAGAUUUCUACAUCAGGAUGAAUGAAGAGAACGUUGAAGAGGUGAAGUUGCUGGAAGACCACAUUGAGCGUCUCCAGGCUGAAGUUGCAAACCUGCAACAGCAAUGGCAGAACCACAAAGACCUGACUUUCCAUUUCAGUGAACAAAUGCAACGUGCCCUGUCACAUGUGUGUGGACAGACGCCACAAGGAACUGCAGAGGAGGUGUUGUCCGGUCUUAAGGAGGAGGUGGAGCAGCUGGAGGAAGAUCUGCAGCGCCAGAGCCAGAUGAAUGGCAUCAGUAUAAAAAGCUGCAACGUGCGCUCAGUGCAAAGAAGUAGUACUAAGUUGGUCCAGCAGAUGUGUGUCUCUGGUUAUUGCUCAGAGUUGGAGUUCCAGGUUGAGUUUCAGCUCUCAGAGGUCAAGGAGGGUGAGCAAUCAGAGAGGAAAAUCAACAGUCUGAAUGUGGUGAUGGACGCCAGCGACCUUCAGGACUUCGGCAGCUUUCUCUCUGGGGUGGAGGAAAGCAGAGACCUCCUGUGUUUCUUCAGGACUCUCAGGACUUUCUCAGACAGGGUUGAUGAACGACGCCAGACCUUCCAGCACUUUCAGGCCAAAUAUCCCACAGUUGUCUCUCUCCCCGGAGGCUGUCGGUCAGAGGUCAUGACCUUGCAUCAUCCUGAACUUCCAGGCUGCAUAUUAUCAGUUCACUGGUCAGUGGAGGUCUCCAAGGAGGGCAGCGUCACGCCAAAGGUCCACUUGCUGACCAAGAUCCCAGAGAAAGCCCAGCAACUGUUCCCCUCUGAAGCGAUAGGUGGCGCUGCUACAGCCUUCCACAGCCUGUUGAGGCUAGUGGGACCUGAAGCAGCCUUGGAGUGCAUCAUCAGGGAGGUUGGCCUGCUCCAGGACUUGUGACUCCACUGCAGAAGCAUCCUGGAAGUGACAAGAAGCUCCACAAUGACACUUGGUCUCUUACAAAGUGUUUAUUCAGUAGAAAGUCUGACAGCAGAGCUCAUUGGUUAAAAUCUACAAAAAUAAAUAAUUUAAAUACAAAAUGCCAGACAGCAGCCUUUGUAUUUGUAAAUAUCUUUUUUUUCUCUCAACAUUUUACUCACACACACUCAAACAGCUCACCAUCACAAUCUGAAUUCUGAUUGGUUUAGGUUGCUGUCACACAAGGUCCCAUCAGGCCCUGCUGUCUAUUGUGUGACCUUUUACUUCUGCAGUGUGGUGUCUCAUCCAGUGGAUACAAAGACUUCACCAAUGAUUCAGACGGCACCCUAACAUGUCAGAUGACCUUGUGACCCUCUGCUGAAGUUAUCAGGAGUGCUGAGAGUUCACAGGUAUGUUUAACAUGAAAGCAGCUUGUAACAAUGUUUCUUUCUCUCACACUCACACACACAGUUUUAUCAGAACAUUUAGGCACAACACUUAUAAAGUUCUACAAGUAUGGCACAAGUAUGGUACACUCCUGGCACCCAGACAGUCAACUCUGCGCUGGAGCUCAGAGGGACUGGUCACAUGACUUUGUGAACAAGUACUCGCUCGAGUGAGGUUUCACUGUUUGUUUUCUCCAACAAACUAAGCUGGCUCAUCUUAUUUGUUCAAAUUUGGGUUAAGUUGGGCUGGAGGUGCCGGAAUCAGAAUCUUGAGUGAAAGCAAAGCAAUUUGCUUACAAACCAAACACCUGGCUGCUGCUGACACGCAAACCAAAGGAAGACAUGUUUAUGUAGCUUGUUGCCACGGUGAUGUCCCCUCAGAGGUCUCCACAUACAUUCAGGGAAUGACAUCAUAAAAAUAUCAUGACCCAUAACCCGCAUCUUUCUUGGCACUUGACUGGUAGUAGUGUUGCCAUGGUGAAGUAAAAGUGUUGCCAAGUACCCGCAUCCAUCCCCAAACCGCCACCACCAAAUGAAGAAAGUACCCUCCAAAAACAUGUUGUUUUUUUUUUUUUUUAAACAAA